UGGAUGAUAAUAGAAAAAGAAAAAGGUAAAAGCUAGCAACCAACUAUUACUAUUACUACUACUGUCUGUUGCUUCCUACUUCAUCUUUUUUUCUUUCUUCUUUCUAUAAAGGGAUCCCACCCACCAACCUCCAUUGCUUCAGCUUGAAGCCUCUUAUUAUCUAUCCACUUAUCCAUUUGACAGUUAAAGUAAAAAAGUAGAUAAAUUGGUGAAAAGAUCGAUGGAAUUGAAUAUCAUCAGUAAAAGUAAAAGAACAAGUGUGGUUGCUGCAGGGUCAGUCUGGGAAACCAGAAUGAAAAACGAUCAAGUUAAAGGUGGAAUCAAAGUGUUCAAAGCACAAGAACAAAAACUUGAACAAGAUGUUGUUGGUGAUUCUUCUAGAUUCAGAAGAACCUCUUCAAAGAGAAAAACAUGUAGUCCAAUUCAGUUUUCCAAAGGUAAACCUGAUGGAAUCAACAACAAGACUCCAAUUCGGAACAGAAAAAUUGCUGAUAAAUUUCAGAGAAAGAUAAGAUCUGAUGAUGAUGAUGCAGAGGAAUUGAUAAAGAUUAAAUCAGAUCCAAUCAACAAGAAUCCUUCUGAGUCUGUUACUACUACUACUACUACUGAUUCAAUUGAAUUGAGGAAGUUGAAUUCCGAGUUGGAUCGAGUUCAAUUGAAUUCAGAUGAAGAAGAUCAUGUUAUUAAUGACGACGAGAUUGAAAUUAUUGCUAUGGAAAAUGAGAGCUUUGAUGAUGAUGAUGAUGAUGUGAAGGAAAUUACUAUUCCAGAAAAUAAUAAUAAUAAUAAUAAUGUUGUUUUGAAUCAACAAGAAGAAAACAAGAAGGUUGUGAAUGAAUCAGAACCAAAAAAAAUUGUCAAUGCACAAAUGCGAUUUCAUCACAAAAAUGAAACAAGAUCAGUUUCUGUACCUAUUGUAGUGAAGAACCAAUCUCCUACAAUAAGAAGGAACUCAACAAUUUACCAAAAUUCGAAUUUUAAAGAUUCGGGUCCAAAGGAAGAAGAACAUAUUAGCUUUCCACAAACCCAAAGCAAGUUGCAGAGUCUAGUGGAUUUAAUAAUGUGGAGAGAUGUUUCAAGAUCAGCAUUUGUGUUUGGUAUUGGAACAUUCAUUAUAAUCUCAUCUUCUUAUGCAAGGGAUAUCAAUUUGAGUCUUAUUUCUGCAAUCUCCUAUUUAGGCCUUGUCUACCUUGCAGUUAUCUUCCUCUAUAGAUCCCUAAUUUGCAGGGGAGUCAUAGAUAUAGAUGACUCAAAUUAUGUACUAGGAGAAAAAGAUGCAAUUUGGAUGCUGAAAUUAGUCCUACCUUAUUUGAAUGAAUUUUUAUCAAAACUUAAAGCUCUUUUCUCUGGAGAUCCUGGUACCACAAUGAAGUUGGCAGUUUUGCUGUUUAUUUUGGCUAGAUGUGGCAGUUUUAUAACAAUUUGGAAGAUGGCUAAAUUCGGCUUCUUUGGAGUUUUUAUCGUACCAAAGAUCUGCUCUUCGUAUUCAGCACAGUUAACUGCUUAUGCAAAUUUUUGGAUUCGUCGAUUUCGAGAUGCAUGGGAUUCAUGCACUCACAAGAAAGCCGUGGCUCUUGGCAUCUUCGGUCUUGUAUGGAAUUUGUCAUCGGUUGUUGCUCGCAUUUGGGCUGUGUUCGUGCUAUUUGUGGCAUUUAGAUACUAUCAACAACACUAUAUGGUGAGGGAUGAAUGGAUAGAAGUAGAAGAAGAAACAUGGGAAGAAGCAGCUGAUGUUGGACAGAAACAACCCAACUUGAUUAAUGCUACCAAUAAAGUAAAGAAAGGAUUCUAAUUAAAAUGGAUAUAUAUUGGUCACACACACACACACAUUUGGUAUUUGAGUUUUGACAUUUCCUUUUGUUUUUAAUUACUCUUUUCUUUCCAAGUUUCAUAUUAAUGUGUCCUUUUCUAUAUAUGAAUAUAUAUAUAUGCAUAGAUAUAGUUCUCAUGUUGUAAAUUUUGUUUAGUUAACAAACAAAUUAAUCCAUCAGGGUUCAAUAGCAAUAGGGAAUAAUAUAUAGCUUGGACGCUUAAUUAUGUUCUGUAAUUAACAUUCAGUUAUCGUAUAGUAUAGUAUAGUAAUUUGUUUUCAUUA